CAGGGAGAAAGGAAGUGCUGUUAUUGCAACAUCUCUGCCACGUCUCUGCAGCUGCAGCAGCAGCGGGUCUGAGGGCCGGGAUGGACCGGUGCUGGACGGUAGGGGGAUGAGAGGGAGAGGUGGGAGUGACCGAGGAAACACAGAGGAGAGGAAGGAAAUAGGAAACACGUAGAGCCACAGCACUGUGCGCAGCUCCGGCUGGCUGUCUUGAAGGAGCGACCGCUUGCCUUCUUCUGGAGGAUCCUGCAGGAGGAGGUCUAUUGUUCAGACAGAGGGGGUUUCUGCAGUUUCCCGGGUUCAGAGGGAGGGGGGGUCACCCAUGCUAAGCUCAGGGAGAAUGGAGGAAUUCGUGACCGAAGAGGAAGAGCCGUGGUACGACCAGCAGGACCUGGAGCAGGACCUCCACUUGGCUGCAGAGCUGGGAAAGACUUUGCUGGAGAGAAACAAGGAGCUGGAGGACUCCCUGCAGCAGAUGUACAUUACUAAUGAAGAGCAAGUGCAAGAGAUUGAGUACCUUUCGAAACAGCUGGAGGUCCUUCGGGACAUGAACGAACAGCAUGCCAAAGUCUACGAGCAGCUGGACGGUACUGCCAGGGAGCUGGAGCGCACCAACCACACACUGGUGAUCGACAGCAAGGCCUCACAGCAAAAGAUAGAGAGCUUGACCGGGACCAUUGAGACUUUGCAGAACCAGGUGGAGUCUCUCUCAGGGCAGGUGGAGCAGCUUCGCUCCAUGGAGCAGCUCCGAGUCAAGAGGGAGAAGAGGGAACGACGCAAGACCAUCCACUCCUUCCCCUGCCUGAGGGAGCUUUGCACAGCACCCAGGUACGAGGAUGAGUUUGUAGUGGGCAGGGCCGAGAGCUUUACCGUGGAUGUGAAGCGUCAACCUUUUGAAGAGGAGAACCAGCAUCUGAGGGAGGCUGUGUCAGCCCUGCGAGCAGCUAUCCGGACUGAAAGGGGGCGUAGAGAGGGUGUGGAGAGGGAGUGCAACCUGCUCCUUUCAGAAUUCUCCCGCCUGCAGACACGAGUGCAGGAUGCUGAGAGCUGCCAGGCAAGGGUGCGGGAGUUGGAGGUGGAGCUACAGGAGCUGCAGCAGCUACGCCGCGCCCGGACAUUCCUCCUGGGCAGCGAGGAUGACGGCGUGACUCUUACCCAGACUGUCCUCAAUAGCACCCCGGAGACCGACACUUUCCUGGAGGUGGAGGUCGGGGAGACGGGAGGAGGCGUGAGGGAGGAGACCGAGGGCGGAGGUGGUGUGGGAGGGGAGAAUCUCCCUGAGUCCAGCCCUGUGAGGAAAAGUUGCAGCGACACAGCGCUCAACGCUAUAGUGGCGCGGGACGCAUCCGGCCGCAGGAGAGGGAGCUAUGCUCUUCACGCCAACAGCGUGAGGAAGAGAGGCAUGUCCAUCCUCAGGGAGGUGGAUGAGCAGUACCACGCCUUACUGGAGAAAUAUGAGGAGUUGUUGGGGAAGUGCAGGCGCCACGAGGAGAGCCUGUGUCACGCUGGUGUCCAGACUUCCCGACCCGUCUCCCGAGACCCGUCCAUGAAAGACUGCGCCAUGGGCUCGACACCAGCACCCCCCCCUACCCCAACCCAGUCUCCCUCCACUCCCGAGGCCAUUGAGAGUAUCAGCAAGCAGGUGGAGGCGGUAGAUAAGCGGCUGGGACAGAACACUCCAGAGUACAAAGCCCUUUUUAAGGAGAUCUUCUCUCGUAUCCAAAAGACCAAGAUGGACAUCAAAGCUACCAAAGCUGCUAAAGCUAGCAAGUCUGGCAAAUCUGGCAAAUCUGGCAAAUCUAGUAAACAGUAAUGGUAUCCUGAUUGGCUCUAAAAAGGACAAAUAUGUAUUAUGUCAGUAUUUAAUGCUUGUGGUUGAGAACAAAGGUUUGAUGAAACAUUCUUAUAGAGGGUGCUAUUUGAAAAAUUCAAGUACAAGUCAUUUGCGGUCAAAUCAGAGAGCACAGUUUUCAUCCAGAACUGAAAACUUCCAGCAUACACCAGAAUCUGAUUUGCAUGUAAUAAAUGUUAAAACUCUAUGAAAUUCAGUCAUACAAUAUAUAAAACAUGAAUGAAUUGGUUAUGAACUAAUUUAACUUCCCUCAUAAUCUUUUUUUCACUCUAAAAAUAUAAAGGCUUCACUGCCUUACUGCAUUAGGUAUAUACUGUACCACAAUAACACAAUAAUAGCAAUAUGCCUCUCAUAAGAGCCUCACAAGUGCACUACACAUUAAAGCUUCACACUAUAAAACUGCAUCUCUGACAGGAAUAUGGGUGGAAAUCUUAAUCUAAUAUUAACAUAGAACUUUCUCUGUUAAGUUUAAUAUAGUGGACUCUACUAACAGUUUUGUAACUACAGUAAGAAAGACAAAUACUGAUCCUCUCAGGCCACAGUGCUGUCUGUCUCGUAAAUGAACUCGAGGUGCUAAUAAUUCUCCCAUUAUGUAUGUCACUAUACAAGCUAACACUGUUCAAAAUAUAAAUAAGCCUUUUGUGUGGAUCUCUGUGUGUGACCUUAAAACUGCAUUUCUUAAGUUUGUGACGCGUCGCCCUUUUGUCUAGACAUUUAGAGGAAUCGUUUGACAUUUAAGGAAAUCCCUUUUUUUUUCCGCUUUCUUCUCGAGAGUUGAAUGAGAAGACUGAUGCUACCCUCAUGUCUGAGAGUGGUAUUGAUCUUCUUAUCAAACUCUAUGUGUCAAAGCAAAUAAGAGUGUUUUUCACAAAAUGUUGCACUGUUAUUUUGCUGAAAUUCUCCUUUCAAUUCAAAGUGCUUAGAUGCCAUUGGAGAUCAAGUGAAAAGAGAUGGUGAACCAGACUGGCUUAUGAGAAAGUACAUCUUCAUAUGAGCUACAACAAGCCAUUGGGCCAAAAAUAAAAUUGCUCAAUGAGAUACAGGAAGCUCUGUUAUUUAUUUACAGAGGGGAGCGAUAUCUACGGUAUAUGAUCCACUCUUUCACAUGCACACCAUAUGUUGGUUCGUCCCUUAUUUUAUUUUUUGAAUGUGGAGGACUGAUGAUCCCACUAAAUGCUGAAAAGCUGCUGUCAUAGAGAAAAGUUGCGAAAGACAAUCUUUGCAGAUUGUUGUUUUCACUAUCUCCAGGGCAUUAUGAACACUCGUUAUACAAAACAUAAGAAUCCUGAAGGCUGUGAAGUCAUCAUGUGUCUUCAUUAAGUAAAACAAAAUGUUUCUGAAUGCUUUUUGCUUUCAUGCCAUAUAAAGUAUAAGUAGUUUUCUUUAUAGGGGGAAAGUUUCUACUGUACACCUUUCUCAACAAAGCAGGUAAAGAAAAAUGACAAAAAAACACGAGAGAGGCAUAACUGUGGUUGUACUGGCCAUUAUAUUAAAACAGCUUGAACUUCUAUAAAAACACAUAAGGAAGGGGCUCCUUUUUAAAGAAAAUAGUCCAAAAUAAUGUCACGAUGGUGAAUAACAAUUCUUUGGUGCAUUUUUUUUUAACAGUGCUGAGAUUAUUAUCCUGAUAGAAUGAUAAUUAUAGCUUGACAGACACACUGUAUAGUAGACCUGUAACCAAGUAACCUAGUAAAAGGCUUUAAACCAGGGCUUUGUCUAACACCUAGCAGUCUUACCAAACUAUAAAACUAACCUGCAAACAUAUUGCACCUUUUUCACAAUAUACAAUACCUAUGCCUUUUUCUGGUUAACCGCCUAUGUAUAAACCUUUGUUUAUAAUGAAUGUUAUUACAGAUAAUAUUUUAUAUCUGAUUUUUCGGUGAAGUUGAAAACAUAACCUAGCUUGAAACCUUUCACCUGUGGCUCAGCUGACACCUGAGGGACCCUACACUUGUGUUUGAGGCUGAUGAUUUGUUGGUGUGUGUGUGUGUAGGAUGUGAAGGAUGGAUGAUUGUCUGCUAACUGGUACUAAAAUCAGAGAGAAAUCUUGUUAAUCUCCUGAUAAUUUAAAGGUAAACUAGCUGUUGCAGCAAUUUAAUUGGAUGGCUGUGGUGUAUAAAGUGCAUUUUUAGGUAAGUGCUCAUGCCUUAGAAAGAUUCAAGCAAAUGGAUGAAGGAAUAUGUGUUAGUAUAGACAAAACAAUGCCAAACACAAGCCUUUUAUCAUAUUUUAAAGGCUCAUGGGGUUUCUGUACUGCAAUGUCUUACCUAUUGCACUUGAAAAUGUUUGACGCCUCAUUUUUUUGCAUAUUUAGGAUAGUUAAUAUGAAAUUGUACCUGUGUAUUUAUUUGUGUGUGAAUAUUUCUUUGUUUUUACUUUUUUCAGUGCCUAUAUGUGAAUGUUACUAACAUGCUGUUAGAAUAAACUUAUUUAAUUUGCUUUACUUUAUUAUCCAUUUUAAACGUGUGCAUUAUUAGUUAAUAAAUGAUAUUGGAAUUUAAGAUUAGUCUGGUUUGGUGUUAGUUCACAUCAUUACUGAACUAAGACCUACUUUACCCUGUUAAUAAAGCCUUGAUAUAAUGUA